UGCUGGGAGCGAUUCUGCUGAUGGUGAGGCCGUCCUGUGUGGCAUGGAAAUGCAUCUGCAGCAGAGAUCUCCAGGCUGACAGCAUAGCAGGCUGCAUGGGGCUCUGAGUGCCAGCAGAAACUCCGGGUGCCAGAAUCCUAAGAAAAUCCUGAAGGUGCAGAAGGGGAAAUUCCUGUGAGGCAGCACAGAACAACCUGAGAUUGAUCCUGGUGAGGCUCUGGGACAUUUGAAAGUGAUUUGGAGAGCGAAGUCUGUGAUGGACACCGAAGCAAAGCCGGCGUGUAUUGCGCCGCAGACUCACUGCCCAGGAAUGAAGCGCCCUCCUUCAGAGGACUUUCCUCCUCAGAUAAGACUGUCUGAAAAGAUUCCACCGGUGAAGCCUUGCUUCAAGAAGAAACAGCAAGUGCAGAAGAGACUGGACACACAAACUCUCCGGGCUUUGCGGCCAAUCUUUACCAGUUUGCUGGGAUCUGGGACCUUGGAUAGAGUUUUUGUGCCUCGAGGACAAGGAGGGGAUCAUAGUGAUUUGUGUGAACCUGCUGUGAAAAAGGCUCUGGAACUCGGUACUACUUGUCCCCAGCCAGAAAGUAAUGUGACUGUGCUGGUUCCAACAGCUCCAGACAUGCAGAGUCAAUUGCUGGGAGCUCAUCCUGUACCUGGGCAUCCUGAGCAGGAGGUGCAGUCAGGAGAGCAAAGCUUCUCAUCAGAAACUGCUCCUGGAACUGCUGCUGACACUAGUAAUGAAUCGUUCCAGGAUCGCCCUUUGCACCCAUCUUCUAGCGAUGGUGCUGCAUGUCCUUUGUUCCCAAGCAAGCUUCUGGAAAGCUACACAGCUGGCCUAUUCCAAGAGAAUAGCUGUCCAAUGCAAUACACUCUAAACUCAAGCAAUAAAUUCAGUGCUGGAAUAUUCCAGGAUAAAAGUGAGGAAGCUUCACUCGAUCUGGUAUUUGAGCUCUUGAACCAGCUGCAAUAUCACACCCAUCAGGAAGAUGGAAUAGAAAUCUGUGUUGAUUUUCUCCAGGGCGCUUGUGUUUAUGGCAAUGAUUGUCCAAAACAUCACACAGUGUUGCCCUAUCAUUGGCAGGUGAGAAGGACAGCAACCCAGAGUUGGCAGAGCGUGAGCAAUGAUUCCCAGGAGCAUCUGGAAAGACUCUACUGCAACCCUGACAAUGAUAGGAUCAAAGUGAAGUAUCGAGGACACGAAUUUUGGGUGGAUUUAAAUGUUAUGAAACUAUACGAAACUGUGGAGUUUGACCAAAUGCGGAGGCUGUCCACACCAUCCUGUCCCAACUCCAGCUCCAACUACUACACGGUCUGGAAGUACUUCUGCAGGGAUCAUUUCAUCUGGAGAGAAUACUCUGAGCCCGUUGUACGGCUGAUAGAAGAAGCCAGCUGCCGAGGUCUGAAGGAGGUCCGCUUUGUCACCUGGCAUAACCAGUACAUCUUAAACAUCAAAGAUGGCUUCCAGCAGAACGCGUGUUUCAGAAGAGAAAUCAAGAGGAGACCUCUUCUUCGCUCCUGCGUUGUGCUGAUGCCGUUCUUGCAGACUCUAGGAGGCAGUUCUCCAGUACCCUCUCCGUCAGCCGAACCGCUUUCCUCACAUGUCUUAUCUCCAACUGCUGUUACCUCUCCAAACUUCUAUCCUGAAACCUGGAUUAGUAUGGAUCCGUCUCAGGACUUCAUCCAAGUGCCUGUUUUGAAAGAAGAUAAAAGCUACAGAACCAUUUAUAACCUGUUUCACAAGACUGUGCCAGAGACCAAAUAUAAAAUUUUGAAAAUUCUCAGAGUGCAAAAUCAGUUUCUUUGGGAGAAAUAUAAAAGGAAAAAGGAAUAUAUGUCCAAGAAAAUGACUGGGCUUGACAGGAUAAUGAACGAAAGGCAUUUGUUCCACGGCACCUCCCAGGAUGUGGUGGAUGGUAUCUGCAAGCACAACUUCGACCCGCGCGUCUGCGGGAAGCACGCCACCAUGUUUGGACAGGGCAGUUACUUUGCCAGAAAGGCAAGCUACUCUCACAAUUUUUCCAAGAGGUCACCCAAAGGAGUUCAUUACAUGUUCCUGGCUAAAGUACUGACGGGGAGAUACACUGUGGGCAAUCACACCAUGAGGAGACCUCCGCCCGUCAACCCGGGCAGCAUCACCAGUGACCUCUAUGACUCUUGUGUGGACAAUUACUUUGAGCCUCAGAUUUUUGUCAUUUUUAAUGAUGAUCAGAGCUACCCUUAUUUUAUUAUCCAGUAUGAAGAAGUUAGCAACACUGUCUCCAUUUGAAAACUUGUGCUGCUAAAUUACUCUUAUUGACAUUUGUAGCAGUUUUUGUGAGGGAAAAAAAACCAACAUUACAGAACUGAAUAAAAUUACUUGUUUGCAAGGAGGUGACUCUAAAAAUGUAGAAGGAAGAUCUGAAGUGACCAACUGUGCAUUUGCUGUUUGAUUACGUAUGUGCAAACUGUAAAUAUUUUUCCAUUGUUUAUAGUUGAAAAUCUGUGCCUUUUGUUAUAAAACACUGUUUAUUUAUGUUAGUAAACAUUCAUGUUUAAAA